AGCUACACCAGCUCCAUCAUGACACGUAUGGCCUCCGCUCGUAUUCUGAUCCUAUCACCAAUCGUCUGCCAAUCAAACGUGUUCUGAGUCACCAAAGGGCCUAUCUUGGCAUUGUGGACCUUUGGUGCUUGUCCGCAGGAAAACGACACCUACCAAGACCCUGAUCAACCAUCCUCUGGGCCAGGGUACUAGGAGACUCCUACUUUAUUCGUCCCAGGCUAAUGACACUGAACCAUUUCAAAAGAGAUUUACCCAAGCUGUUUCAAUAUAAUGGAUCCAUUAACGUCAACAGAGCGACCCAGUCGGGCUGCUUCACGACCCAACACGACAAAACGUAAUCGCAUUCCGCUGUCCUGUACUUCAUGCCGUAUACGCAAGCUGCGGUGCGAUCGCCAACACCCUUGUCAUAAUUGUACAGCACGGGGAGUCGACAAGCUGUGCAUGUAUGCCAACGGGGCGGGAAAUGCGAAACGGGGAAGGACUACGAAUGGUGCCACAUCCGAGAUCAGAUCUAAAAGCCCUAUUACGGGCUGGCUUCGGGACGAGGAUCUUUUCUAUCGAAGCGGUACCCAUUGGGAUAGUGUGUUGGCUGAACUGGCGUCAUUGAGAUUGGCAGAACCUAGAAAGCUGCAAAGCAACGGUGCAACUUUCCAUGAUACCAGACUCACUGCAGCCAAGGGCUGUCCUUCCGGGUCUCCCGAUGAGCUUUUGACAGUGAUGCCAUCCCGUUCAGCGGCAGAUAAACUUGUCGAGACAUUCUUCGACCCUUGUUGCUUCCUUGGACCGAUAACAUGCGCAAUACAUUAUCCAACGUUCAUGAAGGAGUACGAGCAACACUGGAGGAACCCAUCAUCUAGUCCAUUAUCACGACUGGCCCUUCUCUACGCCAUCUUCAGUGUGUCAAUAAGUUUCCUGCAAAACGAAACCGACAACUACAUGGGCUUGUCCGAAACACUCGCGACACUCUACCACACAAAGUCAGGACAGUGUCUAGCGCGUAUUAGUACUAACAAAAUCUGUGUGCAAACCCUCCAAGCCAUGCUCACUCGCUCUGUGUUUGAGUUCUCCCUGCGGGAGGAAUGGGGCGCGGGUAUAAUAGGAACGAUGGGGUCUAUUGUGCGUCUAGCGAUGAGGCAGGGCUUGCACCGCGAUCCAUCUCAUUUCACAAAUAUCACUCCUUUCCAAGGUGAGAUGCGCCGCAGAAUAUGGACAACACUCGCACAAUAUGACAUCCUCUCGUCUUUCCAUCUCGGAAUGCCGGCCGCCAUCCAUACAGCUGACUUCGAUACCAAGCCACCGCGAAACCUCCUCGAUACGGAUCUCGAAGAAAGCAUGAUCGAGGUUCCACCGGAGCGACCCUUUACGAAGGAUGUUCCAAUUGGGUACAUGCUUACCAAGGACAGUAUACUGCGGGUGAUGAGGCGUGUAGUCGAAUUGCUGAACUCAACCGAGCCGGAGGUGUACGAGAAGGUGCUACGGCUUGACAAAGACCUGCUCGAUGUGUAUACAGGGAUACCCGAAUACUUACGCCUCGGCAGCUGGGACGAUGCGCGGAAAGAGUCUCCAUUUUUAAUUAUACAGAAGAUUCAUAUAGAGACCCUGUACCAUCAAGCGGUAUCUGUGUUGCAUCGAACAUAUCUCCGUGGGGCGAGGACGGACCCCACUCUUCGUCUCUCACAGCAGCGAUGCGUUGAUUCCUCGUUAAUAUUACUUAAAUACCAGGCUUCUAUCUAUCGGGAGGCUCAGCCGGGAGGUUGUCUAAGCACAACACAGGGAUAUAGCAUCACGCCUGAUAGCGAGAACUUUAGCCUCGCGGCCAUGGUGCUUUGUUUACAUCUUCACUACGUUACGGGCAAAGCACACGAUGAAGGCUCUGGAGAUUGUGAUCGGGUCAGGUAUAUAUUUCAAGCCCUCGAGGGAUCGCGCGACAUAUGGAAAGACCUAGUGGGUGGUCGUGAGGAGACGCGAAAGGUGGCUCUUGUACUCGACACUAUGCUGGAUCUCCUGCGGCCGAAGAUUUCUCUCGCACAUGCCGACUUAUCGUCCUCUGCAUUAGAUCAAGCGCCUUCAAAUGGCUAUACCUUAAGUGCCGGAGAUGCUCAUUUCGCAGAGCACGGUGUUACCCUCAAUGAUGAUCCAUCUACUUAUAUUCUACAAUCACACCGAGCCCAGGAUACCGAUAAUGCUACUGCGGCACAACCCAACAUAGAUAUGACUGGCUUUGACUGGGAAGCUUGGGACUCCUUUGUCCAAGGCGACGAUUUUGAAACCGCGUAUUCAAGUCUUCUACUCAGCCUGGAACCAGCAUCGCAAGAUGAGAGCCUUGUGAAUUAUCUCUCCUGAUAAGCGCCUAUGUCGUUCACAAAUCCGUAUACACGUUCUGAGCGAUGGGGCCAAUAGCCUGGGCCCAAGCAUCAACGGCUGCACGCGGCAUCCCAUCCGCAACGUAUUUCUGAACUUUUCCAUCUUUAUCCACGACCUUCAGCCCUCGAACUACACUUUCGACAUAUUCCUUCACCGGCAUUCCCUGCGGCAUCUUACCACCAAAGCGUUCCGCCAACUCAUCCACGUGCGCCGUGUCCAGUUCAGUCUCCACAUACGGUGGAAGUAUCUCCACAAUACUAAUCG